AUGUUGAAAAUAUUAGCUGUUGUGUCUCUGAUGUUUAUUGUUAACACCUUGUGGGCUUCCAGUCUGUCGUGUAAUGCUUGUGGUAGAGAAUGCGCCUCUGCGUGCGGCACCAGACGCUUUAGGUCCUGCUGUUUCAACUACUUGAGGAAGAAGAGGGGGCCUGAGGCAGUUAAGUUCUACUCACCGGUUCAACAACUGGAGGAAAUUCGUUCUAUGUCAAAAUUUCCCUUACUCAUCGAGGAGAACAUACCCGUGUCCGAGGAGUGGCUGACCAACAUGCUGUCCAACAAUAGUCAUCGUUACAUACCUGAAGAUCUUUCCGAGAACCAUUACUAUGAUUCUUAA